AUGUCUACCCAAGAAAUCUCCGCGGUCAAUCGACCAAGCGCAUCAGACAUCAACGCUACCAUCAACAGCCUCAUUCAAAACUUAAUUAAUAUCAAAGACGAAACCGGACGAUUCCUGCUUCAUUUAUCGGACGGUCGCGUGAUUGACACAAAAUCAUGGAACGGUUGGGAAUGGACUCAUGGCAUCGGCCUUUAUGGGAUCUGGAAAUACUAUGAAUUGACUGGAGAUGCGUCUCUUCUCAAGGUCAUUGAAGACUGGUUCGCAUCACGCUUUGCGGAGGGUGGUACUACCAAAAAUAUCAACACCAUGGCAGUCUUUCUCACUCUAGCCUACGUGUAUGAGAAAACCAAAAACCCUACCUAUCUUCCUUGGCUGGAUACCUGGGCCGAAUGGGCCAUGCACGGGCUGCCACGUACGCGCUACGAUGGUAUGCAACACAAAACAUAUGCCAUGGAACACAGACAACAACUUUGGGAUGAUACACUGAUGAUGACUGUUCUCCCGCUUGUGAAAAUUGGCAAAUUGCUCGGGCGCGAACAUUACAUCCUCGAAGCUAAAAAGCAAUUACUGAUCCAUAUCAAAUAUCUGUGCGAUCGGAAGACUGGUCUGUUCUAUCACGGUUGGACUUUCGAAGAAGGCGGGCACAACUUCGCUGGUGCGCUCUGGGCCCGUGGGAAUAGUUGGAUCACCAUUGUGAUCCCCGAAAUCAUCGAACUCAUGGAGCUCUCCCUGACAGACCCGCUUCGCUCCUAUCUCGAGGAUACCCUGGAUGCUCAAUGCGAGGCUCUCCAGCGAUUGCAAGAGCCGUCUGGCUAUUGGCGAACUUUGCUCGAUCAGAAAGACGACGGUUCAUACAUCGAGGCCUCGGCAACGGCUGGAUUUGCGUUUGGUAUUUUGAAGGGUAUUCGCAAGCGCUAUAUUGGCGAGCAAUACAGGGCGACGGCAGAAAAGGCCAUCGGUGCUGUGCUGGACUCGAUUGAUGAGAAUGGUGAACUACAGAAUACUAGCUUCGGAACGGGCAUGGGGGACACACUUGAUCAUUACCGCAAGAUUGCUGUCACGGCUAUGCCUUACGGGCAAGCCAUGGCCAUGAUGGCUCUGGGAGAAUAUCUGAGAACAUACAUCUAG